AUGGUUCAAGACGGUCCAGUAACUCGGGCACCGUGCCUAAAUUCGACAUUGAAAAUUAACGGAUUUAAAUAUUAUUUAAUGGCUACUUCUUUGCAAAAAGAGACUCUUGAGAAAUUCAAGAAGCAGGCGCAGGAGGUGGUGAGCGAGGUCGAGUAUGACGAGUUGUUUGGCCACCAACUGAGCCACGGCGAGUUUUUCGACGAGAAAAUAUACGAGCAAUUGCUGGUUAAGAUUCUCACGGCUUACGAUUGGGAUUACAAGACCAGUGUUGACAACUUGGAGAAGAUAUUGGAAUGGCGCAAGGAAUUCAAUCCUAUUAGUGCUGCGUUUCUCGAAAACCACGACUCCAAAUUUGACGAUAUUGGGUUCAUCACCGUGAAUUCUGAGGCUAAACCUCUGGAGAAAAUCACCACUUGGAAUCUGUAUGGUAAAGUGACGGAUCCAAAGAAGAUAUUUGGCGAUCCCAAUGCGUUUCUAAGAUGGAGAGUUGGACUGAUGGAGCAGAGCGUUCAAUUGUUGGAUUUCGCUAGCCAGGAUAAUAACUACAUGGUGCAAGUUCACGACUACAAAGGAGUGUCUCUGUUCCAAAGAGACUCUGAGGUGAAGAAAACUACCAAGAAAGUGAUUGAGGUGUUUGGCAACUACUAUCCGGAACUGCUGUCCAAGAAGUUCUUUGUGAACGUUCCGUCGAUCAUGAUGUGGGUUUUCAAGGUGAUUACGGCUUUUGUGGCUGAGAAGACCAGGAAUAAAUUUGUCGUUAUCAGCAACGGGCAGGAGCUGUCAAAAUAUCUGGAUCCAAAGCAGCUGGGAACAGAGUACGGGGGGAAGGUCUCUGAAGGUACCAAGAGCCUGCGGUUUUUAUUCAAAGAGUCAAAGACAAAGUACACGCCGUACACCGCCCAUCUCGUGGGUAAAAGCAUUGCUUCCGAGAUUGAUUAG